AUGGAACCACUGGCCAUAGCUCCAUCAGGUGUUUACCCAGCAUUCCUUUUUGGAACCCUUACGUACUGUUUCAUUGUGUUUUGCAACGUGACGGUUUUAUCCACCAUAGCCCUGGACAGAAAGCUGCAUAAACCCAUGUUUAUCCUACUCUUCAACAUGCCUAUCAAUGACUUGAUUGGUGCUACAGCCUUCUUCCCUCAGCUGUUGGUGAGCAUCCUGGCUCAGAACAGGUCCAUCUCCUACCCUGCAUGCUACCUCCAAGCUCUGCUCGUCCACCUGUACGGAGCUGGCUCCUUAACUAUCCUGACUGGCAUGGCUUAUGACAGGUAUAUCGCAAUCUGCUGUCCACUGAGGUAUAACUCCAUCAUGAGUUCCAGUAACUUGAUGAAAAUCAUCGUUUUCAUGUGGCUUUGGGUCAUUACCCUGAUUGUGGUUCUCUUGGCUCUGGUCACUCGUUUCAAGAUCUGCAGAACAACAAUAGUGGAUAUUUAUUGUAACAAUCCGUCAUUGGUGAGGCUCAUUUGUGAUGACACACGUAUAAACAACUACUAUGGGUUGUUGAUAACAGCUGUCUUUCAGGGUGUAUCGUUGAUAGUGGUUAUAUUUACAUAUAUCCAGAUCCUGCUCACCUGUGUCAUGAAUAAGUCGCCUGAUGCACGGAGCAAGGCCAUUCAGACAUGUGGUACACAUCUUGUCGUGUUCUUAUUCUUAGAGUUCAACGCCUGCUUUAGCCUGAUAGCUCAUCGAUUUGAGCAAGCWGCCCCUUCCUUGAGGAGGGCUUUUGGAGUAUCAGUUAUGGUGUUCCCUCCCAUUCUCAAUCCACUCAUAUAUGGUCUAAAAACUAAAGAAAUUCGSCAAAAUGUUCUGGGUUUCUACAAACGAAAGGUAUCUUCAGUUAAUAAAUGA